AUUCCCGCAAUGAGCGACUGGCGUUUUCUGGUUAAAGGACUCAAGGGCCACAUCAGUCUACUUGAAGUAUUAUAUAGAGUUGUAUCCGAUUCAGCUGCCCUAGCUUUUUAGCCUUGAGGUUGAAGGACGACCCAUUAGCAGAGUGGCUUAGCCAGCGUUCCCCGACAAAGACCAGCCAAUUGACAGCAGCAAGGACUGGUCAUUCAACAACAGUGGGGAUGGCCUCGCCCCCUCCGCCAGGUUACCCGACUCCACCUGGCACCUAUGCGGCCUCGCCCCCUCAGCCCCCUUACCCGUCGGCAAACCAGAACUGGGCAUCGGGGCAGCACGGCUCGCCUGUCCCACCGCCGUCUUCAGCACCCAAUGGUCCAGGGCCUGCCGCUGUAUACGUAGCGACGCCCAAGAUUGAAAUGCAGCCCUGGGCUCGCAACGUAUGGCGUUGGCUGGCAGACCACACGGUGGGCGUGGCACGGGUGGACCUGCGUCGGCCCACGCCGCCACUGCCAGAGCAGUACAACGGUAACCUGCUGGUGGUGCGCAGCCGCCGGGCGCUGGUGGAGGAGGGUGGCAGGGCCGGGCGAGGCGGAUUCACGCGACGCAAGGGCCGUGACCCCCAGCCCCAAUACGCCGCGCCCAUGUACGGCGUACCGACGUACCCGGCCGGGGCACCCCCCGCGGGCUACGCCGCGCCGCCCCCGGCACCGGGGCAGCCGCUGUUGAUGGGCGCGCGCAUCAAGAUCACACGAAGCUUCCUUGUGGGUGGUCUGGGCAGCUGGGGCCGCUUCAAAUGCUCGGAGCGCGACAGCAGCAGCAGUAGCAGCGAGGAGGGGGCUGCGGCAGCCGACGGCAAACACAUGCACGCGGUGCCGCCCCCUCUGACCCCGCCGCCGCUGGGCUCGCCGCGGCCCAAGCUGUGGGCCUGGUCAGACCGGCCGCUGCUGGACUUCGGGCUGGGCAUCUGCCUGGACCUGGAUGCCCAGCAGAUCCAGCCGGUGGCGCGCAUCAAGGUGAAGGACCUGGUGUCACUCAAGGCGUUCCCCAUGGGCAUGCUCAAGAUCAGCCGCAGCAUCCCGCUGGGCCCCGUCGCGCUCAAGGUGCGCUACGAGCUACCACUGGCUUAUGCCAACCGCUUCUGGGAGCCGCCAGCACGCCUGAUGAUCCGGCUGGACAACGCGGCAGGCUCGGGCGUCCACCUGACACCCGGCGGACUGGAGUUUGACGAGAAGGUGCUGCGAUUUGGCGACGCCGUGAGCGUCCGGGCCAGUGCGGGGGUGUGCUUCCCGCGCCAGCUGCCGCUGCAGGAUGACGAGCCGCCGCUGCGGCUACAGGUGCACCGCCUGUCCCUGAAGAGCAUCUGGUAGCGUGGUGCGCUGCGGCGCAUGUACUUCGGUGCGGCGUGGAUGUUACAUCGUUCGCCGGCAUGAUCGCGUAUGAGCCUGCCCGACUUCCGGAAUCUCGUGGAAUCCUGGGUGCACACGACAAGCAUUACCACUGCAGUGUAACAUACAGAAUUGCAGCUCGCUCGAUUGGUUGGUGCCCCGGUAGGAGGCAUUGCGGGUGCAGCAUGAAGAAGACUCAGGCAUGCCCACCUGCCAGUAAGAAGUUGUAUGUGCAGAAUUACUACAGUAACAGGACAGUAAGAGUUGAGUUGGUUGUUGUGGUUCAAGCAUCAAGUGAUGGUCAACUGCAUCCACCAUACAGGGCUUGGUUAAAUGUUUCCUCAUGCAUACUUGAUGCAACAUUGUUAUUGUUGGGAUGCCCAUCAGCAUGCAGUAUGACGAACGGUUUGUGUCUUCCACUACGAUGAAAUGGCUGUGUCAUACGGUCAAUGAAGAGUGUAAUGCAAAUGCUGU